GCACCCCUGCCAUGCAUCCCACACCCUGCACCCCCAUCCCACACCCUGCACCCCUGCCAUGCAUCCCACACCCUGCACCCCUGCCAUGCAUCCCACACCCUGCACCCCCAUCCCACACCCUGCACCUCUGCCAUGCAGCCCCAUCCCACACCCUGCCUGUUCACACGGAGACCCUGAGGCAACGCCUGCCCUCGGGCACCCCAAAAGCUCCUCCCGGGUGAAGCGGGGCUGCGCCGGGCCUGGCCGGGCUUCGCCUGGGCGUGAAGGGAGCCGGGGCGCAGGAGGGGCCAGGCGAGGCGGCAGGAAUGCGAGUGGGAGAGCGGCCGGGCAAGUAGCGACAGCUCCCGGGAUCGCGGAUCCCACACGCGGCUCGGGCGGGGAGCGGAGCCCCGGCUCGGGGCUGGCGGCCGGGAUGGGGCUCCGCACGGCUCGGCCCCUCUGAGAGCCCGAGGGGAGUCCCGGGGGCGGCACGGCAGCCCCAGCCCCAGCCCCAGCCCCAGCCCCGGCCCCGGCCCCGGGGGGAGCUCGGCUCCGGAGCGGAGCGGCUGCGGUUCCCCCGCGGGUGAUGCCCGGCCCGGCCCGCACGAGGUGCUGAGGAUCCCGGGGGGCCGAGGAGCAGCGAUGACCCCCGAGAAGGUGCUGAGGGAGGGGGUGCUGGAGAAGCGGAGCGGGGGGCUGCUGCAGCUCUGGAAGAAGAAGCGGUGCCUGCUGACGGAGAAGGGGCUGCAGCUCUUCGAGCCCAAGGGCUCGCGGCGCAAGGAGCUGAGCUUCGCCCGCAUGAAGGCCGUGGAGUGCGUGGAGUGGAAGGAGCGGCACAUUUACUUCACGGUGGUGAUGGACGACAGCCUCGAGAUCGACUUUCGCUGUGCCCAGGAGGACCCAGGCUGGAACGCCGAGAUCACCAUGGGGCUGGUGCGCUUCAAGAACCAGCAGGCGAUGCAGGAGGUGCGCGCCCGGCACAGCUGCAGAGCAGCUCCCACAGGUGACAGGAGCCUUCUCUCUGCAGUGGUGCAGCUGGACACAGCCCCGGGGGCACAGCCCAGGGAAUCGCAGCUUCCCAGGAGUCGGAUGGAGAUGGCCCUCGGCUCGGCAGGUGCUGGGGAGAACGGGAUCCCUGCGGGCAAGUGAGGUCACCGCUGUGCAGCCCGGGGACCAGGACAGGCUGGCGCUGGCGCUGGCUCUCCCCGUGCCGGGGCAGGACAGAGGCACCGCAGGAGCUGGGCUGGCACAGCCACCUCCCCUUGGCACAGCAAGGGACACGGGCAGAGCCAGACGAGGCAGAAGGUGACAUCCCUGCCUGGGGCCCCAGCACCCUUCAUUCAUUCGGCUGACAUGUGCAGGAUGUCGGUGCACUGGUGGGGACCCCAGGCCUCUCCUGCAGGACAGGGGAUGGAUGAGGCUGUGCCCGAAGGAUCCGUGGCACAGGGAGUUCUGCCUGAGCGACAGUGACACGGGGACAGAUGGAUGUGGCCGGGUCCCAGAUUUAAAAAGGGACUGGAGAUCUGCUGCUGCAGCAGGGACCCCUCAGCAGGGCACUGAACCUGGCAUGGUGUCACAGCCGUGCUGCUGGACAUUGUCUCACCCUGGGAUGUCCUUGGGCUGUUGGGGAAUGCUGGGGACCUCAAUUCCCUGUACCAAAAGUGUCCCUAAACAGGACUUUCAGCCUCUUAGCCUGAUGUUGUUUUGAUUUGUGGGACCCCACAGGGCACAGGAGUACACAAAUCCUGAGCAGAGCUUUGCCAGUCACGACCCCUAAACCAGCAUCCCCCAGUCAGGCUCCAAAGCCCCCCACUGGCACCCCGAGGCUCCCUCGUCACGGCUCCCGCUGUGGCCGUGUCCGCAGGGGUUCCCAGGGUGUUGUGUGUGCCGGUGAGCGGGAGCAGCGCUGUGGCUCUGCAGCAGGGGAGGGAUGGCCCUGCCCCGACAGGCAGCGCCCGGAGCCAGCAGCGCAAGGCGGAGCCUGAGCCCAGCCCGGGGCCGGAGGCGCUGCGGAUCCUGCCGGAGAUUUCCCGGCCGCGUGGGAAUCACGGUGUCCUCAUGUCCCGGGCGGCGGCAGCCAGGCCCAGCCUGCACCCCAGCCUGCACCCAGCCCUGCAUCCCAUCCUGCACCCCAGCCU